GCCUCCAGAAUUCUCUGGUGCGACCCCGCCAAUUCCUUCGCGAUACCUCUCAACUUCUCUCUCGCUAGUCCCUUCCGCCACCUUCUCCUUCCCUUCCUUCCCAAAACAAGUAAUUAGAAGCUCCCUCGUGAACCAUACAAACCAAAUCCCUUUAUAAAAGCUCAACCUCCUUCGCUCGCACACCAUAAACUCAUCACAGAAGAAAAGAAAAGCUAGCAUUACAAAUUCCCAGCAGCUGAAAUAAUCUCUCAAAAGCAUCCUACUCUUUGUUUCAACCUCUCUGUUUUAUCUUCCCAAUUUUUAUUCUACAAACACAUCAUUUUUUGUAGUUUCCUUCUAAAUUUUUGCCGUCAAUGGCUUCAUCCACCAAGACUCAAGGCAAGGCCAUUGGCAUCGACCUCGGCACCACCUACAGCUGCGUGGGUGUGUGGCAAAACGACCGAGUCGAGAUCAUUGCAAACGAUCAAGGCAACAGGACUACUCCUUCCUACGUUGCUUUCACUGACACCGAGCGCUUGAUCGGCGAUGCAGCCAAGAACCAGGUCGCCAUGAACCCACGGAACACUGUUUUCGACGCCAAGAGACUUAUCGGUAGGCGAUUUUCCGACCCUUCAGUACAGAGCGACAUGAAGUUGUGGCCCUUCAAAGUCAUUCCUGGACCUGCUGACAAGCCCAUGAUCGUGGUGAAUUACAAAGGAGAAGAGAAACAGUUUGCGGCCGAAGAGAUUUCCUCCAUGGUUCUCACCAAGAUGAAGGAGAUCGCCGAGGCUUAUCUUGGUACUUCUAUUAAGAACGCUGUCAUCACUGUUCCUGCUUAUUUCAAUGACUCGCAGAGGCAGGCUACCAAGGACGCCGGAGCAAUUGCUGGGCUGAACGUGAUGAGAAUCAUCAACGAGCCCACUGCAGCUGCUAUUGCUUAUGGUCUUGACAAGAAGGCCUCCAGGUCAGGGGAAAAGAGCGUCCUCAUUUUCGAUCUCGGGGGUGGCACUUUCGAUGUUUCCUUGCUGACAAUCGAAGAAGGAAUCUUCGAAGUCAAGGCUACAGCCGGAGAUACCCAUCUCGGAGGUGAGGAUUUCGAUAAUCGGCUCGUCAAUCAUUUUGCAGCAGAGUUCAAGAGGAAGCACAAGAAGGAUAUCGGCGGAAAUGCCAGAGCUUUGAGACGGCUGAGGACUGCCUGCGAGAGAGCAAAGAGGACCCUGUCUUCCACCACACAGACCACCAUCGAAAUUGAUUCCCUCUACGAAGGAAUCGAUUUUUAUGCCACCAUUACCCGAGCAAGGUUUGAAGAAUUGAACAUGGAUUUGUUCAGGAAGUGUAUGGAACCAGUGGAAAAGUGUCUGAAGGACGCUAAGAUCGAUAAGAGUCAGGUCCAUGACAUUGUUCUGGUUGGUGGGUCGACCAGGAUUCCCAAAGUUCAACAACUUCUGCAGGAUUUCUUCAAUGGCAAGGAACUCUGCAAGAGCAUAAACCCCGAUGAGGCCGUCGCUUAUGGGGCUGCAGUUCAAGCUGCAAUCUUGAGCGGUGAAGGAGACCAGAAAGUCCAGGACCUGCUUCUUCUAGAUGUCACUCCUCUCAGCCUGGGCAUUGAAACAGCUGGAGGUGUCAUGACUGUUCUAAUUCCGAGAAACACUACGAUUCCCACCAAGAAAGAGCAAGUUUUUUCAACUUACUCUGAUAACCAGACAAGCGUGCUAAUUCAAGUUUAUGAAGGAGAGAGAGCCAGAACCAAAGACAACAAUCUUCUUGGAACGUUUGAGCUGAAGGGCAUCCCACCGGCACCAAGAGGUGUUCCUCAGAUCAAUGUUUGCUUCGACAUCGAUGCAAAUGGCAUCUUGAAUGUCACGGCUGAAGACAAGACUGCUGGAGUGAAGAACAAGAUAACUAUCACAAAUGACAAAGGUAGACUAAGCAAGGAUGAGAUUGAAAGGAUGGUACAAGAGGCGGAGAAGUACAAGGCCGAAGAUGAGCAAGUGAAGAAGAAAGUGGAAGCCAAAAACGCCUUGGAGAAUUAUGCUUACAAUAUGAGGACCACAAUCAAGGAUGAUAAUUUUGCUGGUAAAUUAGAUCCAGCAGAUAAACAGAAGAUUGAGAAGGCAAUCGAUGAGACAGUUGAUUGGGUGGAAAGGAACCAGUUAGCAGAAGUUGAUGAAUUUGAGGACAAGUUGAAGGAGUUGGAAGGUUUGUGCAAUCCAAUCAUUGCUAAAUUGUAUCAGGGUGGUGGUGCUGGUGCUGAGAUGCCUGGCGGCGGGCAUGGAAACGCUAGCUCUGGUGGUUCAGGGGCAGGGCCUAAGAUUGAAGAGGUUGAUUAAGGUUUUGGGCUUUUGGCCUUUUUGCUAUGUCUCAACUGAUGCUUUCGAGUGGGCUCUGGAUUAAUGCAUUUAGGAAUUAGAGUGUUGUGAAAGCUUUUGUAUUUUUGUUCUGCUUAUGUAUGUAUAUAUAUAUAUAUAUAAUGCUAAAUAACACUUUUUUGAAUCAAAUAUGGAUUGUUAUUCAUUU